AUGGCAGGGGAAACGUCACAAGUCCGACGGUUCGACGCGGACUUCAAGAAAGUACCAGGCACUUUGAGUGUUACGGCCACUCAUAUAGCUUGGGUUCCAAAAACGCAAGGAGCGAUGGAUCGCCAGAACCAAGCUAUGGAUCGAGCUAUCAAUAUGCUGGCAAGUAAAGCAGGAAGUAAAUCUAUCAGUCUCAAGAUACUAUUCAAAGACGAUAUACCUGCUGGAGGAUUAUUAUUCGUUUUCAGCAAUGCUACAAGCAAAGAAGAAGAUCGUAAAUCUGUUCAAGAUAUCUUGAUUCCAUUUGUAGCAGUGAACAAAAACCCUAUCACAAACACUUCUGCUUCGGCAGGUGGUGGAUCGGGUUCAGCUUCAGCUUCUAAUGACACGUCUAAUGUGGUUACUCCAAGUACAUCAGCAGCCGCAGCCGUUAUGUCAGCCAAUUCAAGAGGGAAACGUAAAGCAGAAGAUGAUGGUACUCCAACUUCCACUCCUGGAGGAGGGGGAGGAGGAGUAUCUACACCUAUAUCUCCCGCUGUUAGAGCUCAACGGAAAAAAGAAUAUAAACUCCGACAAAAGGUGUUAGAGAAGAAUCCUACGCUGAGAAUGUUACAUCGUGAAUUAGUCAUUGGUAAACAAAUCACUGAAGAAGAGUUUUGGGAAGGAAGAGAGGCAUUGAUACAAGCUGAAGAAAUGGCAUACGCACAAAAACCAGGUAGACAAUCACGACUCUUGGAUGAUCGUUUCGAAUUAGAUGCAGGUAGAAAAGGGAAAUCUACUGGAGGUACAGGUGUUGGAAUUAAACAAGCUGAAAAUGGACCAGUUGUAUUGAAGUUAUCAAAAGAAUUAACCAGAGAGAUAUUCGAAGAAUUCCCUGUGGUCCAAGAUGCUUAUGCCAAAUAUGUUCCUGAAAUAAGCGAAACUGAGUUUUGGUCAAGAUACUUUACCUCACAAUUAUGGGAAAGACAUAGAGCUUCAGUUCGCAAAUCUGCUGUAGACGAAAAUGCAAGGAAGAAAGAUGAUAUUUUCGAUCAAUAUUUAGAAGAGCCAGAUUGGAAUAUUCAACCUAGACAAAGUUUACCUGACGAUGUGGAAAGAUAUCUUGAUUUAGCUGCUACGGAGGAAGAUCAUGGAGAGUCUAUCACGGUUAGAGAUGUCACUAUGCAAGCCGGAAGGGAACGUAGUGCUUUACCUCUGAUAAGGAGAUUCAACGAUCAUUCGAAAAAGCUGCUAAGAGCUGCCGAUGCAAAUCGUGGAUCAGGCUAUGGCUCUGGCUUCGAUCUAUAUAAUGAAAUUGAUCUGGAAGAUUUGCAUGGCCCAGCUCAGGAAACUACUAUAGCCUUAGAUGUGCAAGAUUCAGAUGAAAUGGCUGAUAAGCAAGGUCAUGAAGAUAAUGCGGGAGUGUUGACUGGAAAGACGGAUGAGGAAAUACAAGAAAUAGCUGCUCAAUCCACAAAAAUUCUUUCCACUUUCACACCAAAUUUCGCUUCCAUCUGUUUACCUAAUCCAGGAUAUCACACUACCGACCAAGAUGGAAAUCCCGUGAUUACAGAUCCAAAUCCUGCCUACAAAGCAUUUGCCGAACAGAGAGAUGCUCAAGCUGCCGCUUUUCAUGUUGUCAAAGAUUUACAUGCUAGAGCUAAUGCUGAAGUUGCCAUCAACACUCCGUUCCCUGAGCAAUUACAUGAGCAGAUGAGAUCAUGUCACAAUGCAGCUUCUGAAUUCCUUCGUCAAUAUUGGUCAGCAAUUUUACCUACUGCAAAUGGAAUUGGUACUUUGGGACAUUCAUCUCUACAAGCAAAAGAAGCAAAAGCUAUCAAAAUGUCUGGAUAUCUUAAAAGUACCGAAAAUAAAGUAAAAGCAAUAGUGGAAACUAGUGUCAUAUUGGGUUUCGAUCCUGAACGUGUCAGGAAAGCAAUGGCCCCGACAGUUGGCGCUGUAAAGGUCGCUCUGGAAAGAGAAGCGAAGAGGAUCAAGCGGGUAUGA